AUGAUCGAGUGUAUUGUUUCACAUCUCUACGUUAAGGAAUGCAAGAAAAGUGCAAAAUUGGACGCUAUGUUGGCCAAGAAAUUGCAAGAUGUUACCGAGGGUGGCAAUGGCUUGGCCACAGAAGGAGCUGAUGGCAUUCGUUGCAAAAUCACUGAGGAUAAAGUGACAUUCGAAGGAAAGAACAGUGUCAUUCUUCGCAAGAGUAUUGAAAGCAUAAAGGCAAAUAGGACAAAUCGCACUGCUGCUGUGGUUGUCAAGACACAAAAGAAGAAACGCAAGCAACUAUUUAUCCUGAAAUUCCCAAAUGAAAAACAUUUAAGAAAAUUUGAAGAAGCGCUAGGCGUGGUUACCACUGGCGAAGAGAAGAAGGCGCAGAAAGUUCACAAAGUAUCGAAAUCUCCAGGACCACGGAAGAACCGAAAUUCUUCUAAAGCAAGGUACUCUGAACCAUCUCCUGUUUCCAAAGUUUCUUCCUACAUUUCAACGGAUUUAGUGAAGCCUUAUUAUAGCGAUAAUGAAGGCCAAAGUGGAUUAAACGAAUUUUCUGAUAGCAAUAAUUAUCCAAUAGGGGAGAACAGAACAACGGUUAACGUAUAUUACUUGAACAGUUUACCUGACAACGGAAUGACUGCCAAGCGUGAAGGUGCUGUCUAUACCUACGAAACCCGAUUUCGAAAUGAGUCCGAAUUGUCUGAAUUUUUGGAUUCAAAUUCAUUUAGUAGUAGUUUUUCUGUGUCCUCUCGUGAUAUUGCCUAUCAAAUACUACCGGUUGAUGUUGAAAAUGGCCGUGGGAGAAGAAGGGACAGAGGAAGCCGUCCAAGAAGCGAUUUUGUAGGAUCUCGUGCAGCUUCAAUUUCCUUCCUUAAAGAACAAAAUUUUGAAAGACCUGGCAAAGUAUCGCCUAGGCCCGCCUCCCAUUACGUGAAAUACUUUGAACGUUCUAGAUACGCCCCAAAUUAA